AUGGACCACCGCCUCAAAACACCGAUGUACUACUUUCUGAAGAAUCUCUCCUGGUUGGAGAUCAUCAUCACUACAACCGUCACACCCAAGAUGCUCAGUCUACUCAUCUCAGAUGACAACACCAUGUUUUUAAUUUCCUGUGUUACUCAAGGAUAUAUUUACUUUGUAGCUGGUGCUGCUGAAGUAUUUCUGUUAGGCUUUAUGUCAGUAGAUCGCUACAUGGCCAUCUGCAACCCACUGAGGUACACCUCAAUAAUGAGAAUCCAGGUUUGCCAGUUGAUGGUACUCUCUUGUUGGUUGUGGAGUUUCCUUUCUGUAACAACUUCUGCAACACUGACAAUCAGAUUGCCUUUCUGUGGUCCCAACAUUAUAGACCAUUUUUUCUGUGACAAUGGUCCACUGCUUGACAUGAUUUGUGCUGAUGUUCACUUUGUCCAGACCAUAGACUUAGCCCUCUGUUGCUUUAAUAUUUUGAGCUCUGUAUCUGUGACCACUGUCUCCUACAUCUGCAUUGUUGUUACUGUGAUGAGGAUUCCCUCUACCGAAGGCAGGAAGAAAGCCUUUAGUACUUGCAGCUCUCACAUCACUGUAGUAUCACUCUAUUAUGGUAGUGCCAUGUUCAUCUACAUCAAGUCACCUGGCAGAUCUUCUACAGACCUCAACAAGGUGGCCACAGUACUUAACACAGUGGUAACCCCUUUGUUGAAUCCCAUCAUUUACACCUUCAGGAACAAAGCUGUGAAGGAAGCUGUGAAAGAUGCUCUUGGGAGAAUGUGGCUUGGUAUUCCUAAGUGA